GGCGCCCCGGCGGGGCUUGCGGCGCCCUGCAGAAGCCCGCCUCCCCGCGCGGCACUUCCGGACCCCGGCGUCGCCCUUUUAAGAGGCAGCCCCCAGCAGCGCUCUCCCCCGCCCCCUGUUGCCCGCGCGCGAGGCGGGGGAGCCCGGCUGGAGCGGAGCGCGCUGUCCGCGCGGCCACUGGAGACCGAGCGGCCGGCGGCCGGGCAGGCGGCGGCGGCGGAUGGGGACGCGGAGCCGGGCGGCUGUGGCGGCUGUGGCUGUGGCGGCGGCGGGGAAGCAGCUGACGGGCCGGCGGCGGCGGCGGCGCUGGCGGCGGUGACUGGUCCAGGCCCCGGUGGCGGCUGCAGCGACACGGUGGCGGGCUGCGGGCGGGCGUCGUGAGGAGUGGCGGCGGAGCGUGGAGCAGCCAGGAACCGAGGGCGCCCGGCCGCCCCUUGUCUAGUCCUCGCAGGCCGCCAGGCCCCCUCCAGCCGGGGCCGUGGAGCACCGGGGCAAAGGCCGGGGCCCCCCCAUGAAGGAGCGCGACGCGGCCCCGGCCGAGCGGGGCAAGCCGGCCACCUACACCGGGGACAAGAAGGCGAAGAUGGCGGCCAAGACCAACAAGAAGUGGGUCCGGCUCGCCACCGUGUUCGCCUACGUGCUCUCUGUGUCUCUGGCCGCCAUCGUGCUCGCCGUCUACUACAGCCUCAUCUGGCAGCCGGUGGGUGCCGGGACCUCGGGGGGAGCCGUUGGCCCGCCCCCAGGCGGCUCCAACACCACCGGCCCGUCUGGGACUUCGGUGGCGGCGGCGGCAGUGGGGCCAAACACCACGGGAUCGUCCAGCCGUGAGGCACCGCGCGACGCGCCCCCGCUGCAGGCGGCACGGCCCACGCCUCCUGAGCCCUCUGCCGACAGCCUCUUGGCCGGGCCGCUGGAGCGGCCACGGGGGCCGGAGGAGGACGAGGAGGAAGCGGCGGCGGCGCCCGGGAGCCGCUGAACCCCUCCGCACCAGGGCGGUGGGGAACCAUCCUCCCCAAGCCUGCAGGCUGGAUUGUGCAGCAGGACGGGGCGGAGAGCCCGCUGGAGUGACCCUCACGGGAGCGAACGCCCCUCCUCCCAGGACGAUCGCGGGCUUGUAGGGGCGAGUGGCCUACAGCUGGAUCUUCAGCCAGGGGACCGCGAUUCGUCCGGGACUCGCAGUUUGGUCUUCCCAGGCCCGUGCAGCAGCGCUGGUGCCCUGAGCCGUAGGGCGUUGGGCGUUGGGGGAAGGGGUAGGGAGAUCCCAGCCCGGAACACUUCUGCGCCGCUCACGCUUGUGUAUCCUACGUGCGGGGUCACUCGGGUUUUCCCCACAAGACUCAGGGGAAAGAGGGAGUUGUAGGGGCUCUUAAAUAAGCUGAAGCUCUCGGAAGGAGGAGGGCACCAAAAGUAGUGGAGCUCAGGAGAACAUCUGAGAGUCCAAUCCCCUGUCCCCUUCCCGACCCCUGCAUUUUGGACUGCUUAAUCCACUCUGGGACGGAUCAAAGAGUCUAAAGAGACCGCUCACAGGUCCAGCUGCUGGCCUCCUGACUCUCUAAAGCCUUCACUGGAAUCGGGACAUUAGUUCCAGCUCUAGCUGUGAACAUGACCAGAGACAUUAUUUAUAAUGCAGCCAUUUAAGAUAUACCUGUACUCAAAAAGUCUUGUAUAUUUUUUAAAAGUUUUAUUUUUCAGGUGAACAAAAAUACAUUCUAAAAACUCCACA